UGAACAUCAGGCCGCAGAUCUGUUCUCUCUACAGGGUCAGCACUUUCCCAGAUUCACACAGUGAUUCCCUCUCCAUCACCUGCUCCCCUGAGACACUGGCUUUGUGCCCCUGAUAGAGGAUCAUUGAGCAUGUGGCGGCCCCACAUUCCUCAUUGUCUGAUGGAGCUCUUCCAUUGGCUACAAACUGUGAGAAACUCCAACAAGCUCAAGCCUCACACAUUCAUAUGGAGAUUUGGGAGUAUAAAUAGAGGAGCUGCAGCCAGUGCAAAUCAGAUUCACUCUGCACAGAGAGAUGUACAGCACAGAGAUACAGGCAUGACACCUACAAUCAUCUCAAAGGAGCAUUUCCCUCUCAACAACAAGGUGAGAAAGCCAACAGUGGAGAAGAUGCGCAGAGAACGUAUCAACAGCAGCAUUGAGCAGCUCAAGUGUCUUCUGGCUCCAGAGUUCCUCAAGCAGCAGCCUGAUACCAAGCUGGAGAAAGCAGAUAUCCUGGAGAUGACCGUCAGUUUCCUGAGACACCAGCAGUCUGUUCUGGACUCCAGUUCACAUGCUGUCAAUCAAGGCUUCUCCAGGUGUGUCUGUGAGAUUGUGCACUUCCUGUCCAAAGAUGAUCUGAAGACACAGAGAAGACACUUCCAGAACCUGCAGAUAUCACGUGAGCAGAACAGGAGGGAAAGUGUCCUGCCUCAGCUGAGCUCCUCAAACCAGAACACCUUCAGUAAAGAGAUGAAUGUCAGCAAGAGCGCCGUCUGGAGGCCUUGGUAG